AUGCAAUUCACCACACUGAACGUCCUCGCCCUCGCGGCCUCGGCCACUGCAGCAACUUUCAAGGUUGCCGUGGGAGAGAAUGGUCUCACCUACAGUCCUAAUGACAUCAAGGCCAAUGUUGGCGAUUCUGUUGAAUUUUCCUUCUUCCCAGCAAAUCACACCGUGACUCAGUCCUCGUUCAGCGAUCCUUGCCACCCGUUGGCUGGCGGUUUCUUCUCUGGCUUCGUGCCAACCAAGAUUUCUCCAUCUGGAACGACGUUCACAAUCACUGUUGAAAAUUCGAAACCGAUUUGGUUUUACUGUGGCCAGACUAAGGGAAACCACUGUCAGUCUGGCAUGCUUGGUGCCAUCAACGCCCCUGCAACUGGCAACACCCUUGCAGCGUUCACACAACUUGCGAAAAAUGCCACCACUUCCACGUCUCCCCCUUCUGGCCCAGUUGGCGGAGUGCUGAAUGUUGGAUCUAAUUCAUCUGGCUCGGGUAAUGGCUCCAACUCAACCGCAAGCUUAUCCGUCCACACGUCCAGCUAUACCACAAGCUACUCUACUACAGCGGUCCUGACCAGUGAGGUCGCCUCGGUAUAUACAAGCGGUGGUGUUGCAUAUACCACCUCCUACGAAUCAACCUUCACCACUGCUUAUGGCACCACUGUUGCUACUGCCUCCGUUGUCACCUCUACAGGAAGUGCCGCCGGCAGCACACCCACUGGCCAAAACUCUGGUGCUGGAAGCGUGACAGCCAGCAUGGCCGUCCUCGGAGCUGCCGUCCUUAGUGCAAUGGUUUUGGCUUAA